CUAUAAUAUUAUCACAUAAAAAGACCUUGUUUUGUUGCCCAUACCAAUUACCAAAAAAGAAUUUGAAAUGGCAUCUUCAGUUAUGGCUUCUGUGAGUUUGAAACCAACUCCUUUUAGAGUUGAGAAAUCUUCAGUUAGAGGACUACCUGCCCUUUCAAGACCCUUCAAAGUUGUUGCUAGUGGUGUCAAGAAGAUUAAGACUGACACACCUUAUGGAACUGGAGGUGGCAUGGCCUUGCCCGAUGGAAAAGAUGCUUCUGGCAGGAAACAAAAGGGAAAGGGUGUUUACCAGUUUGUGGACAAAUACGGUGCUAAUGUUGAUGGAUACAGCCCUAUCUACGAGCCAAAGGACUGGUCUCCAACCGGUGAUGUCUACACUGGAGGUACGACUGGUUUGGCUAUCUGGGCAGUAACUCUAGCUGGUCUUCUAGCUGGUGGUGCACUCCUUGUCUACAACACAAGUGCUUUGUCACAAUAGACUCUGCUAAGUUGAUUAUUUGUGUUUCAAUAUUCCAUGUAGCUCUAAAAAUGAAGGAUAUACUCAUCAAUUACUUGUGGACAUAGUUCCUUCUGUUCUAUAAAUAUUGUGUGGAUUUGAAGAAAAAUCUUUGUUUAUAUAA